GUAAACCAAAGGCUCUUUUAAGAGCCACCUACAAUUUCUUCAGGAGAUCUGGACACUGAAUGCUUUUGGAAAAUCACUAGUAUAAAGCGGACAGAAAAAAUAUAUGAGGUCGUGGACAAGAAUACCAGAGCAUUUGGAGCUCAAUAGAAGUUUCGAGUCUGUAACCAAUCCUGGUACCGGUUGUGUAGGCUGGUCCCCUUUUGUCCAAUCAGCUUCUGACUCUCACUAUAAAUAUGACAGAACGGGCUUCUCCUUACGGUCAUUGAACUCUCCGGCCAUGGCUCGCACGAAGCAGACGGCGCGCAAGUCGACGGGCGGCAAGGCCCCGCGCAAGCAGCUGGCCACCAAGGCGGCCCGCAAGAGCGCGCCGGCCACGGGCGGCGUCAAGAAGCCGCACCGCUACCGGCCCGGCACGGUGGCCCUNGUCAAGAAGCCGCACCGCUACCGGCCCGGCACGGUGGCCCUGCGCGAGAUCCGCCGCUACCAGAAGUCCACCGAGCUGCUCAUCCGCAAGCUGCCGUUCCAGCGGCUGGUGCGCGAGAUCGCGCAGGACUUCAAGACCGACCUGCGCUUCCAGAGCUCGGCCGUCAUGGCGCUGCAGGAGGCGUGCGAGGCCUACCUCGUGGGGCUCUUCGAGGACACCAACCUGUGCGCCAUCCACGCCAAGCGCGUCACCAUCAUGCCCAAGGACAUCCAGCUGGCGCGCCGCAUCCGCGGCGAGCGGGCCUGAACCGCAAGGUCUGUCACUCCUUCCCAAAGGCUCUUUUCAGAGCCACCACAUGCACGUUGAAAAGGACUGUUUCCCUGUAUCUGUUGGGGGGCUACGUCUAUAGAACCGCCCCAUUUCUGGGCGUUUUACAAUGUUUUAGGAAGUUGGUAAAAGCACUCAAGUGCACCUGACUUAGCUAUUCUGCUUGUUCCGGUUUAUAGUUUUCGCCAUGUCUAGCCGCUCUGCUAUGGGGGACAUUGCCCUUUAUCUCACGGUAAUCCGCUUCGGGUCAGCACAUAGGAAGACCGCCUGCACGUUCGUUUUCUCUCCUCUGUCCCUUCUCAACUUAGAAGCCCGUGGAAAGAAAUUUCUAAGUAACUUUGCUUUGUACUCUGGAGCUUGGAUACCAACAUAACAACUGCUAACUUAGUCACCCACCACGAUCCUGUUCAUUGCCUUCCUGAGAGUGGGUUCAUGAAUAAGUAGGACCUGUGUUCUCCACAUCCACAUUUUAGGAUGAUGCUAGUAUACUAUUCAAGGUGCCCUAGUUCCUUUUUCAAGCAAGGUGUUCUCUCCUUAGUCUCCCUUCCUAUGGAAGGGAAGGUAUAUUUAUUUGGAGGAAAGCAGUGCCCUCCUACCAUCACAGUUUACCCUCUUGUACACACACGUGCAUGCACACACGAGGCUGUUGAUCCAAUCUAAGGCCAGUUUCUAAAUAGAUUGGUAAUCUCAAGUGUGAGAGUUUUCCUUCCUCCUGGGCUGGGAAAUCGCUAUUAAGGGCCCUGUCCACUCUGACCCAUACUCUUGCUGGCUGGGUAGAGCCCCCUCCCAGAGAGAAGGCAGUAAGUACGAUUCUCCAAAUUAGUCUUUCAGUUCUGAGUAUAUGAAGAUUUAUCCGGGUGCAGGAGUAGUUCUAGUUGUGUGGACAUUUUUAGAUCUGUGGAUGUGGUUACUCCCUGCCUCUGAAUCCACUCCAUGUGCUAACUGUGAUAAUCUUGUGAUAAUCUACCUCAGCUCUUUCUGGGCUUUCAAGGUGAGCUUUCAUCACCCCAUAAGAGGAAUUGAAGUUUGCCAUAGGGAUGGCAUGCAAAUGUUGCAGGAUUCUCGCACAGAGAGUCAUGACACCGAGGCUUU